AUGAAUCAAGACAAUUUCCCAUUGAAAUUUCGUCGAACAUCUAGCAAACUUAGCAAGGAAGCCCCUAGCUUCAGUUCGCGCAUUCUUCGGAGUCAUCAGAGCGCCACAUCGUUGAAACGCACUCCCUCCGCCCCCGUCUAUCCACGUUCCUCUCCUAGCAGCAGUCGCGAGCAUAAUCGAUCACGAUCCAACGCCCAAUUCCCAGGCUCUUCCUCGUCAUCUCUGGAUCAGAACAGUGGCGUUCCAAUCGUUUUUUCCUACAACGAGCAGAGCUCGGAUGAAUUGAACGGCCCUUACGAAACGCGGGGCAUGCUUAGUGCAUUGGAUGAGAAUAGCGCCGAGACUGAUCCUCACUCCCAGCAAAAGCCCGGACUCCGCUCUCAUCACACCAGCCCCGAUACUCGCGGACGCCACUCACUCCGCCAGUCAGCUAGCUUCACCACUCUAACGCAACGAAUGGAUUCCUUUGCUCAUCGCGAGACCGAAAGGCCUCCAAACGCCGCCAACCGAUAUUCCGGCGAUGGUAAUCCUCCGGCCGCUCCCCGAACGAGACAGAGCAAAAAGGCGAGCUUCUCCAGAUUCGUGGACAGCGUGCUUGGAACCCCCGGUCGCAAUAUGAAAAUUUCAGCCCCCGAGAACCCGGUUCAUGUCACUCACGUCGGCUACGAUAAUCAGACCGGCCAAUUCACCGGUCUUCCCAAAGAAUGGCAGCGACUACUACAGGAGAACGGUAUCUCGAAGAAGGAACAGGAGGAACACCCACAGACUAUGAUGGAUAUCAUGCGAUUCUACGAAAAGAACACCCGUGGCGACAGCGAUGAUGAAGUCUGGCACAAGUUCGACAAUGCGCAAGCUGCUCAAGCUGCGCAAGCUACUAGCCCAAGAGAACAAACAUCGCCACCGGGAAGUCCACGAUUCCCGCAAAAUCACGAAAGCAGCUUCGAGAAUCCACGAGCGCCCCCGCCAAUUCCUCGGGGCCCUCCGGCAGCCCCUCCGCCGGUCAUGUCUCCUCCACUGGGUGGUAUGGUGCCCCAUCGUGCUCCUCCCAAACCGCCCACCGGGAUGACCCCCUCCCGCCCUCCUCCUCAACCCCCGGUCUCGAAUUCGUACGGAGUCCCACAGCGAGCUCCUCAGGAGAGUUAUGCUCCGACAUUUGGCACGCCGACUAUCCCAGAAUCCGAGCCAUUGCCAUCAUCACCCCACCGCAGUCGCUCCAGUUCCCGAAAUGGCACCCCUGCGCCCAGCGUCCCCAACAUUCCCAAUGUCAUCGCAUCCCCAACACAAUACCAGCGGCAACAGGAGCAGGUCAUGGCCGCGGCCCAGCAGACUUUGGAACGGAAUCGCACCCAACGCCAGCAAGCACAGCAGCCUCCGGCCAUUUCUACAUCAACCAAUGCUCCGGCACCAGAUCUUUCGUCUGGAGUGUCACCUACCACGCGCGCUCCACCCGCUGCUAGACCUAGACAGCGUCAGCAGCGCCAGAGCAGCGCCAUGGAUAUUCGGGAGCGUUUGAUGUCAAUAUGCCACCCUGGUGACCCCACGCAGAUCUAUUACAACUUCAACAAAAUCGGCCAAGGUGCCUCGGGUGGUGUGUACACAGCAUAUGAGCAUCCUCACAACAACUGUGUUGCCAUCAAGCAGAUGAAUCUAGAUCUGCAACCCAAGAAGGACUUGAUUAUCAACGAGAUCUUGGUCAUGAAAGAUAGCAAGCACAAGAACAUCGUGAACUUCUUAGAGAGCUUCCUACAUGGGCUGGAUCUUUGGGUUGUGAUGGAAUACAUGGAAGGUGGCAGUCUGACAGACGUGGUUACCUUCAACAUUAUGAGCGAGGGACAGAUCGCAGCUGUUUGCCGAGAGACUCUGGGCGGUCUCCAGCAUUUGCAUUCCAAGGGUGUCAUUCAUCGAGAUAUCAAAUCCGACAACAUCCUGCUGGCAAUGGAUGGUAACAUCAAGCUGACUGAUUUCGGUUUCUGUGCUCAAAUCAAUGACUCGCAGAACAAGCGGAACACAAUGGUUGGUACCCCGUACUGGAUGGCUCCCGAGGUUGUUACUCGCAAAGAGUAUGGCCGCAAGGUCGACAUCUGGAGUUUAGGCAUCAUGGCUAUCGAGAUGAUCGAGGGCGAGCCACCGUACCUGACAGAGUCCCCGCUGCGAGCACUCUAUCUGAUAGCCACGAACGGAACACCCACCAUCAAAGAUGAGCACAAUCUGUCCCCAGUCUUCCGCGAAUUCCUUCACUUUGCCCUGAAGGUUGACCCGGAGAAGCGGGCGUCGGCGCAUGACCUACUGAAGCACCCAUUCAUGUCUCUCUGCGCACCACUAUCGCAUCUCGCCCCCUUGGUCAAGGCUGCUCGUCUCAGCCGCGCCCAAGAAAAAGCCCAAAAAGGAGGUGCUUGA